AACCCAUUGCCCAUAAUCUCAUUUGCUCCCAAUAAAUUUCCCCAGUUUCCCCUUUCACCCAUAAAGAUCAAGUCUUUAGCUUUCUUGAAAUCUGGGGUUCUCGCUCCUCUAAAAGCCGGAAAUGGGAGUAAAGAUGAUUAGGUGGCGGCCAUGGCCACCGCUAGCUUCGAAGAGAUUCGAGGUGAAGCUAGUUGUGCGGAAGCUUGAGAGCCCCGGGGAAGCAGAUUUGGUGCAGGAGGGCACAGGUGGGUGUGGUGGGGCUUCGGUAGAGAUCAGGUGGAAAGGGCCUCCCCGGAUUGCGCUGAGCUCGUUCGGGAAGACGGUGAAGAGGAACUGCACCAGAGAAGAGCGGUUCAAGAAUGGCCAGGACGGCGCCGUUUUUGUUGAGUGGGAUGAAGAGUUUCAGAGCGAGUGUAGUCUCUCCAGCAGCCGGGACAAUCUGUUUCAUCCAUGGGAGAUCAGCUUCACUGUCUUGUUGAAUAGGUGUCAAGGGACUAGGAAUAAGGCUCCCACUUUUGGAACAACAAGUGUGAACCUUGCCGAAUUCGCUGCCAAGACAGAUGAGAAAGAAUUUGACAUAAAUGUCCCUCUAGUUGUUCUGGGGUGUUCACCCGAGUCCUGCCCUCACCUCUCCAUAUCUCUCAGCCUAUUGGAGCUAGGAUCUCCCCAGGAGCCAAUUGAAAGUUCAUCAACAGACAAGACCGAGCUUUCUGCAUUAAAAUCCGGUCUGCGAAAUGUGAAAAUAUUAUCAGAGUACGUGUCGACGAGGAAAGCCAAGAAAGCAUGCCGAGAAUACCCUUUUGACUCUGAGUCACUGGAUGAGCUUGAGGGCAGCGAGGAGGAUUUUGAGCUUAGGAAAUCAUUUAGUUAUGGCACAUUGGCUGAUGUUAAUCACAUGGGAGUGUCGCUUCAUUCGAACAGAAGGGUUAGUGUGGAGGAGGACGAGGACUUUGUUUACUAUAGCAACCGGAGAUCAGAUGUGGGCCCACAGACGGAUGAUCAACGGGUUAGGUCAGUUCCAGAGGGGGUGACAUAUCAGAGUUCAAAGCGCGGUAGUAUCUUGCCUUGGAGGAAGAGGAAACUGAGCUCUAAGGGAGAGCCAUUACUGAAGAAGGAUUAUGGGGAAGAAGGUGGAGAUGACAUUGACUUUGACCGUCGCCAGCUCAGCUCCGACGAAUCUGUUUCUUUUGAGUGCCACAAGGGUGAGGAAGAAUCCGUCGCAAACCGAUCGUCCGUAUCGGACUUUGGGGAGGACGGUUUUUGUGUGGGCUCUUGGGAGAGGAGAGAAAUAGCGAGCCGAGACGGGAGCAUGAGACUCCAAGCGCAUGUUUUCUUCGCUUCGAUCGACCAGCGGAGCGAGCGGGCCGCCAGAGAGAGCGCGUGCACGGCGCUGGUCGCCGUGGUCGCCGACUGGCUACAGUGCAACCGGGACCUCGCGGGCCCAAUCAAGUCCCAGUUCGACGCCCUGAUUCGGGAGGGGUCGUCCGCGUGGAGGGCCCUCUGCCGGGACGAGACGUGCCGGGAGGCGUUUCCCGACGGGCACUUCGACCUCGACACGGUCCUACGGGCCAAGAUCCGCCCGUUAUCCGUUCUACCCGAGAACUCGUUCGUCGGGUUCUUCCAUCCGGACAAUUACCCGGAUGACGGGAGUUUCGAGUUCUUGCGCGGGGCCAUGUCGUUCGACGACGUCUGGGACGAGAUUAGUCGCGCUGACGUCACUACCAGUCACCACCUUCGGGUGUAUAUCGUCAGCUGGAACGACCAUUUUUUCGUGCUGAAAGUGGAACCGGAAGCUUACUACAUAAUUGACACAUUAGGGGAGAGGCUGUAUGAGGGGUGUAAUGAGGCCUAUGUGCUGAGGUUUGACAAGGACACAAGAAUCUGCAGUGACAAAGAACAAGAAGAAGAGGAAGAGAGUGUUUUGUGUGAAGGGAAAGAGAGUUGCAGAGAUUACAUAAAGAAGUUUCUGGCUGCCAUUCCGAUUCGGGAACUGGAAGCGGACGUGAAGAAGGGUCUGGUGAAGUCGUCGACUCCCCUUCAUCACCGGCUUCAGAUCGAGUUUCACUUCACCUGUAAGUGAUGAUGAUGAUGAUAAAGAGCUAAAGGAGGGCAUAUAUGGCAAUAACAAGUCUGCUGAGUUUCAAAUGUGAAUUUAAAGAAGAGUGGUUAGGAUGAAU